AAGAGCUAAGAAGUGCAAUCACAGAGAUCACAGAAUCUAAGAGUGUGGAGAGAGGAGAGUGGCCAGGGAGGCUUGGAUCCUGUGGAUGAGAGGGAAGACUCCAGCCUGCAGAGGUGCUCGGGACCAUGGCUGAUGCUAUCACCUAUGCAGACCUGCGGUUUGUGAAGGCACCUCUGAAAAAGAUUGUCUCCAGCCAGUUAGGAGAGGACCCAGAGGCCUAUGAGGAUGGGGAACUCACCUAUGAAAAUGUUCAAGUGCCCUCAGUCCCAGGGGGGCCCUCCGGCUUGGCCUCCUCUGGACUAGGGGACAAAUCAGGUUUUAAGUCAGAGCAGCUAACUGCGACCUGGAGCUCCGUGACGUCGCCGCCUGUUGGAAGGCUUCUCCCCUGUAGUCCAGCUUGCUUGCGAUACCUCCUGUUCAGCUUGCUCCUCACCUGCCUGCUGUUAGGGGUGGCUGCCAUCUGCCUGGGAGCCCGCUAUCUGCAGGUAUCUCAGAAACUGCAGCAGGUGAGUAGUGUUCUGGAAGACACUAAUAGCAGCCUUCAGGAGCAGCUUCACCUAAGGAUAACUCAGCUGGGGCAGAAGGAAGAGAAUCUGCAAGAGUCCAAGAGAAAGCUGGCCCAGAGUCAGGAAGUGCUACAGGUGGCGCAGGAAAAUCGCCAGGCUGCUGAGGGGAAGCUAAAGGACUGCCAGUUGGACAAGGAGAAGACCCAGGAGACUUUGCAAAGGGAGGAGGACCAGAGGAGGGCCUUGCAGGAGAGGCUACACAACAUGCAGGACACACUGAAACCCUUCUUUACAUGCUCCCCACAAGGCCAUUGCUGUCCAGUGAGAUGGAUACUGAAUGAAUAUCGCUGCUUUUACUUCUCGUCUACUCAUCAGACUUGGGAGGAGAGCCAAAAGUAUUGUAAAUCUCUAUCCUCCAACCUGGCCACAUUCAGGAGACGUGAUUACUCAGUAAGCAUACCCUUACCCACAGAACAAAGGGGCACUGUUAGAUGAAGGGAGGUAUGUCGUCAAAUCAGGAAUGGCAGUGCACACCUGGCAUACAUGCCAUGGCAUUCCUUUUCCGUGGCAAAUACUGAUAAUCACAACACUCUGCCACUGAACUUGAAAAUGGCCUGUGUCUUCUCAGUCCUAUGUUCCAGGUGGCUUCUACUAACUGAUUAGAGUUGGCAUGAGAGCUGAAACUUUUAUAAUCUCUACUUUGUGUCUCAUCUUGCUGGUCAGUCCUAUGGGCUGCUUAACAGCUCUUUGACUGCGAGGUGCCAGAUUUGGUGGGUUGGAUCAUAAUAACUGGUUCUUUGGGACCAGAACAGUCCACAUAGCAACUCCCCUCCAAAGGAUAGCAGAUAUUCUUACCAAGUUGGGAGGUGAACUAAAGAGUGAGACUGCAUCUGUAGAGUGGCACUUGAAGGAUGCAGAACAAGUCACAGAUGAGCCAUCAUAUCCCUUUGCCAAAGUUUAUAGGCCUUUUCCUAGAGUGUUUGAUUUUCUCCUAUAUUUCUCAUCACUAUCUACACAUCUCUGGUUUCUCUGAAUUUCAUAGUAUCAGUCCAGUGGAGAACCUAUAUUUUCACAUGGUGAUUUCAAUUCAUAUUGGAUUAGCUCAACCGCUAAUAAGGACCAAUGGAGGACUUCUGGUUUACAUGAAUGCAACAAGAUACAAAAAAGAUAUUAUUCAUGGUGGAAUAUACAGUCAGAGACAUGUACAAGUUCCCUUCCCUUCAUCUGUGAGCAGUCAUCUUUCAGGUUUCCAGACGGGGAUCAUUCUUUGCAAUGAAUGGGACACUCAUGCUAAUAAGAGCUUGUGACUCUGAUCCCUAACCUGUGGCCUGCACAUCCAAGAUUGUCAUCCCCAGGCACCCCCUGAGUGUGGGCAUUGCCAACUAAGGACUGAUCCACACCUGACACUUCUAGCCAGCCUGCUUGAAAACCUGUCCCAGAAAUUGGACUGAUCCUGGGAAGAGGAUAAAGAAGCCUCUAGAAGGGACUUU